AUGUUGUUCAUCAGUGCAUCUAAUCCCUCCACCCGCGGUGGAGAUAAGAAAUAUUCCAUGUCGCCUGCUGUAUUUAACUGCUUGCUUAUUGGCUUCCCAGCAUUCAUAACACUCGGAGAGAUUUUUCUGAUCUCACAUAAAGCGAGCCUCUUUCAUAAACACAAUAUUUCAUUCGAGGCCCUGAUCAAGCUGCUCCACGAUGCUGCCAAUCAAUGGGAUGGAGGCCAUAAAAUACCAACAGACUCUCAAAAGGUUUUACUCCAAACUGCCUUUGAAAACGUCACAAGAGACGCGUACCUCAAAUCACAAAGCGCCAUUCGCAUAGGAAUGCUUUGGUCUUUGACGGAUAUUACCCCCAUUCUGAUCUAUAUCGGCGGUGUGUCUGCGUUAGUUACCACAGCCUAUCGGCCCGACAGGACUGCCCGGAAAGUGAAUACAAUGGACCUUGACCAAACACCUCCUCCUGAGAUGUUUGGAUCAGCCCCUAUCAAAUUGGACACUGAAAGCUCGAACCCGCUAGCCCGGAGUCUGAGAUACUUGUGGUUUCAUUACUUGGCAAUGUCAUCGGCGCUUUGCUGGGACCUCGCAGCUGGAAUGACUUUCUAUGUCAACAGAGAGAAUCUAAACGACGUCAGGUUGGGGCCAAUAUUCCUGGUGUUAAAUCUGGGGACCUCACUUUCCACCCUGGUUGGUAUCAUUAUUCUGCUGGCACGAAUAAUUGGAGAUGGAAAAGAGUCCAAGACAGACGGCAAUCAGUCUAGCGAAUUUCUUCGGAGCAGGACUUCCUCUAUCACGAAGCUUAUUGGCAGAAAAGAAUAG